AUGGGUAAAAUUCACUCAAUAAAUAAUGCGUUUCUUUUUCCACAAAAAAAUACUUUUGUUUUUCAAUUCGAAGCCCCCAAAGUAAAUACAGUCAAAACUUUCUCCAUUAUUGAUAUGACGGCCGAAAAAAGGCCUCUUGAGUCUUUUCACAAGGUUGAAUGCAUAUCAUUUAUUAACAAACUAUGGGAGGCUGACACAUUGUCAAUGUUCCACCACCCCGUAAGUACUACGGAAGUCCCAAAUUACCAUGAUGUGAUUAAAAAUCCGAUGGAUCUCUCUACCAUAAAGGCAAAGAUUGAAAAGGGUGCGUAUAAACAAGACUCUGAUGUAGAGACGGAUGUUGCACUAAUGCUCACGAACGCCUUACAGUUUAAUGAAAAGGGUACAGUGUGGUAUAACUUAGCAAAAGACCUCCGUAAAAAGUACGCGACAUUUGCUAAGGAGUGUGGUUUGGCAUUUGAUGCGGAUGGAGCAUUUAUUCCUACCAAAAAAGCUCGUGACGACGAAACUACGAUCCGAAAGGCCGAACGCAAAUACAAAGAAGAAUUAAACGAGGUAAUAAAUGACUUGGAGAAGGAUAAAGAGAUCCCAUUAGAGGAGUUGAGGGCACUCUACAAAAGGGAUUCAUCCCAUAAAAGUCCAUCGAUAGAAUCUUCUAAGAAUGAGGGAAGUUAUGAUAGUAGCAAGAACAGCAGUAGUGACGAUUUCUCAGAUGAGGAAAAUAGUGAUACUAGCUCCAAUUCGGAUACUGAUGAAGAUUCUGCAUCGGAGGAAUCCGAACAAUAAAAUAUAAAAGUAAAAAAACCAUCGACUAAAUAUUACUUCUAACUCAACAUCAGGGUGCUUUUAUACCAAAAAGAAGACUGUGUCUCCCCUUAAGCCUCUCCUCGCCAUUUGCAACGUUAAUUGGAUUGAUAGGGAAAAGCCGUAUAUAUCUUUGAUUAACAGGAAACCUCUUUCGCAAUUUUUUGUCUACUAGACAACAUCCCAAUAUUUAAGCUAUAUGCUGUUAUCAAGACACUCAAAUUUUUCCACUAUACAAUCAUGUCACCUCAUUAUUUAAGCUCUAUCAACGGUAAUCAUGAUACUAUAUAGUACUAUUUUCUGCAUGUAUAUGCUUAAAAAUUAAGCGUGAGUAUCUUAAUAGCUGGUCUCGCCUUGCUCUCAUUGACUUAGUCUACAUUUGCGUUCAGUUUACACGUCUAUGGGGCACUGGGGUAUGAUGCAUUGCGGUAUCAUGCCGACUCACAGGGGUAAGACUAUUAGGAGUGCUUUAAUAUCGAUAUAGCCAGAAUCAUUGACUGAUGGGAUGACAACUCUCACAAGAGUUUCUGAGAGGUUCUAAACAUUAUCAGCGUGCCUGUGUGUGCGCAUCCACGGCGUCCAGGGGCGUGCGGUUUGCGUAAUGUGCUGAAAUACACCAGCAAGUACAUCGCGACUCUGUUUAAAACUGACCUCAAGGACAAAUGGGUGUUCGAUAUGUUAUAGAAGAGAGCUCCCUAGAUCGUGUUAACAACGAGCUUUUGUGGCACUCCUGUGGCACUGAAGGAUGUGGAAAAGCUGCUUUAGGAUUAUGAUAAUU